AUGGCUAAUCCAAGACAACAUAAAAAAAGAAAGAAAAUUAAAUUAAAAAGAAGGAAAAAGACUUCUUCAAAUAGAAAUCCAACAAUUUCUACUCGCCUUGGAUCUAUUUUAUCAGAAAAGUGGAAAAAAGAAAAAACAUUGGAGGAAAAUUAUAAAGAACUAGGAAUUGUUUUAAAACAAAAUAAACAAAGUAAUAUAAAAGAAGAAGAAUACAAUGGAUUUUUUUCUAAUGAAAAUAAUUUAUUAAAACUAAAACCUAAUGAAGCACAAAUUUUGAGAGACGAUCAAGGAAAUAUUAUUAAAGUUAUUUAUGGAAAAAAAUAUGACUUUGAUGAUGAGUUAAAUGAAAUAGCUAUGGAAAAUAGAAAAGCUAAAACACAAGUAAUUGAAGAAUUAAAAAAUAAAAUAAAAAACAAUAUUAAAUCUGACCGAAAACCCUCUCAAAAUGAAAUAAACUUUCUAAAUAAACUUAUUGAACGUUAUGGUGAUAAUGUAGAUGCUAUGGCUAAAGAUAUUAAAUUAAAUCCUAUGCAGCAAACAGCAGCUGAUCUUCGAAGACGAAUUAGUAAAUUAAAGCAAUAG